GCAGCCGCGGCUCUUUUGUGCGCGAUGGUGACGUAUGGCUCUAUGUAGUAGCUCAGAGGGGGAGAAAGAGCCGCCGAGGAGGGCAGAAACACAAGAGAGGGGCAAGUCUUUCUUCGACAGCACCACGGCUCGGGAACAAACCAACUGAGUCGAGUCGGCUGGCAUGGAGCUGAGCGUCGCCAUUCUGAGCCGUUUCGCGCAGUCCACCUAAAGCCGGGGCAUCUCGCGCACAGUUUGCUGUCGGUCCCGGGGGUGUUUGUGGAGCCCGUGUGAAUCUGUUGCUAGCAGCGCUCGAAUGCUAGCUAGCCCCGCUGCUAAGCAGCUAGCCAACACUGCGAGUCAAUUGUGUCGGAGAUCGCGGAAUUACGCGUUAAAGCCGUGACGCUCCUCCGCCGCUCUCGGGAUUCGUUUUGCCCGUUGAGUUUUUACGUUUUCCUAAGCGAGGGGACGCUGAAAAGCGAAGGCUAGAGUUUCUAUUUCGAUUUAUUUCCAGCAGAACGUUUUUCCCCCUCUCUAUUAGCUUCUUAGCCUCUCUGGUUGGUUUAGUCCAGCUUGUUAGUAGCGUCUGAGAUUUUUCUACUGUAACGUUAAUAGCUGUCAGCCAGAUUGGUCGCGUUGUUUGUGGACAUGAAUGAUUUUAUCGCGGACUGUGAGCGGUUUAGAGAAGCGAUACUUUGAGAUGCCACGCGUGGGAUACUUCAUAUUUCCAGGGACGCUUUUAUUUUCUUGUUAGACUGCUUUAUGGGAGUGCUAGUGUGCGGGGGUUUGCUUUAGAUAAUACUGGAAUUAAAACAUUGGUUUUUUUCUUCCUCUCCAUGCGAGCUGGUCAUCCACCUUUAUCCAUCCACCGCGCGUCGUUUUGAUGUGGUUAAAGCCCACAUUUCAGUCGCACUCUCGUUGUUUUCUCAUCUAAUAGUGGGUCGUUCGGCUCCACGCUUGUGUUCACGCCGUCGGUGGUUUAUGGUCGCCGAGACAGGGCGCUGAUACACGCGUUCAUUGGUUUGCGGCGGGGAAACGGCGAGAUUCGGCUCGAGGUAUUAUGGAUGAUCAGACACGAAUGCUGGCUAGCAUGGCCGGACUCGGCGGACUCUCUCAAGCCGACGUGAGCGACCCCGAUUCGGUUCGGAAGCAGCAGUCCCUCGGUCAGCCGCCGCAAGACAUAGGGGAUAUUCUCCAGCAGAUCAUGGCCAUCACCGACGAGAGCCUCGACGAAGCCCAGGCGAGAUGCUGGCCAGAGGAGGCACCGGCGCAGUGGACCCCACAGAGGGAGGGGGAGCUGGGGGGGAGCACAGCAGGGUGUGCCCUGCCGCUCAACUUCCAGCACAGAAAACACGCACUGAACUGCCACAGGAUGAAGCCGGCUCUCUUCAGCGUUUUAUGUGAGAUCAAAGAAAAAACUGUGCUGAGCAUCAGAGGUGUACAGGAGGAGGACCCUCCAGAUCCCCAGAUCAUGCGUCUGGAUAACAUGCUGCUGGCCGAGGGAGUGUCUGGGCCUGAGAAGGGCGGCGGGUCAGCAGCGGCGGCCGCAGCUGCAGCAGCGGCUGGAGGAUCACCUAACGACGGCAGCAUCGAGCACUCCGACUACAGAGCCAAACUCGCACAGAUCCGCCAGAUCUACCACUCCGAACUAGAGAAAUACGAACAGGCCUGCAGUGAGUUCACCAAUCACGUGAUGAACCUGCUGAGGGAACAGUCCCGCACACGGCCUAUCUCGCCCAAAGAGAUCGAGCGCAUGGUGGCCAUCAUCCACCGCAAGUUCAGCUCCAUCCAGAUGCAGCUCAAGCAGAGCACCUGUGAGGCCGUCAUGAUCCUUCGCUCUCGCUUCCUCGAUGCCAGACGUAAGAGACGCAACUUCAAUAAGCAAGCCACAGAGGUGCUGAAUGAGUACUUCUACUCUCACCUCUCCAACCCUUACCCCAGUGAGGAAGCCAAGGAAGAGUUGGCCAAGAAAUGUGCUAUCACUGUCUCUCAGGUCUCGAAUUGGUUUGGCAACAAGAGAAUUCGGUACAAGAAGAACAUUGGUAAGUUCCAGGAGGAAGCAAACCUGUACGCCGUUAAAACAGCCGUGGACGCUGCCAAUGUGUCGGCACAGGCCAGCCAGGCAAACUCUCCAGCAACACCCAACUCAGGGUCGUCUGGGUCGUACACCCUCUCUCACGCAGGAGACGCCUUCCUCGGGCUGCGUUCAUUCAACGGGGAUGGCGUCAGCGUCACUCCCGCUGUGCAGCAGCAGCAGCAGGUGGAUAUCCUGCACCGUGCUACACACCUGACGGCAGGCUAUGAAGAUCUGUCAGGAAGUCCUCUUUACACCCCACACCGUCUAGCUGCUAACAACAGCUGGCAAGACAACACCAACCCUUCCUCCAUCACCUCUCCACCAGGACCACCUGGCAGCAUCCACUCGGACACCUCCAGCUAAUGUAGCUCACGCUACACACACACACACACACACACACACACACACACACAGCAUCUCAUCAUCCAGUCUCACCCGCUCUCUCCUGCUGCUCACAGCUUUCGUCCAUCACUAGCAGAUGUCAAAGGUCUUUCAUAGUCCUCCUUCCACUUUCUUCAAGGUGUGCCAGGGUUCACACGCUGAACCAGACUAUCUGAAACACACACACGCUCCUCGAGUAGAAGACGCAGAACGUCACAUUUGCUGAGGACGGGUCUGAAUAGACAUGUCGUCCUCAAAGGGUGGACGGUCUACGCCCAACUCCACGUUACCUUUCCUGUUUCCUGUUUCAUGAUGGGGAUUACGCAACAGCUCCCUCCUCGCUUGUACCAAAGUGCUGUCAACGGUUGUCGCACCUUCCGCUCGUCGAAGAACAACCUCAGACAACUAAACCAUGAAAACGCCAUUCAGCCCGCUUUUUAAUACGGUUUCCAAUCACUGCUUCCAGCUUUCUCUCAAAACCAUCUGUCCUGCAUUGUUGUGUUAAGCACAAAUCCUGUCUAUAACACUUUGAGCUGGUGGUCGGAUGGAGAGGAAUCCAUCAGCGUAAAGGUACGCCGGACAUUUGAACACUUUAACUAGCUGAUCGCAGGAGAGUUCGGUGAGAAACAGGGGACACUUGGAGUGAAGACGAUAAGAGAUUGACGUGCGGUCGGCUACUAUGCGUUUCCUCAGUCCACUCUCUCAACAGUUGACGUUGUUUUUAAUAGUUUAGCUACAGUAUUUUUCCCCCCACAAAGAUGCACCAGCCACCAAAUAAAAGACUCGACAAGAACUCUAAGCCCUUGUGUUCGGGAAAGGGGUUGGACGGAUAGCUGGAGUAUUCGUUUGGGUAUUUAGAAAUAUUUUUAAAGGGAAAGAAAAAAUAUUCCACUGUCUUCCAUGCAUGUAGGGUGUUGAGAUGUUUUAGUGAUUCCAUUUAGCCUAACUUUUUUUUUUUUGGACAAAAAAAAAAUAUAUUAUAAAAGGAGAAAGGGUGUGAGUAACAGACCAAAUAAACAAAUGAACUUCUCCAGAAACGAAAACUUCAUACUGCCCAAUCCAGUGCUUCAUGCUGGUGUUUGGUUUCUCUAGGAUUUCCGUGGUAUUUCAUCGCACGUUUUCAUAACAGGCAUUCGUGACACGCCGACCACGUUACGCGAAAACCUUUCCGAGGAGGCCAUAGCAGUAAACCAAUAACUCCGACUACGAAAACCGUUCCAGAUAUCAUGAAGUUCUUUGGGUUGGCCUCUCAUGUUACUGUGUUGUGUGUACGGGUGUCUGUUUUUUAAGGGUUGGGUUGUCUCAUCACUCACUCGUGCUUUUGAACUGAUUGUAUUGUACGUGCAAUUGAAAGCACCUGUUCCUUGGUAAAGCAUGCUGGGUUUUUUUUUCCCCCCUUUUUUUUUUAUUGUUGUUGCCUACAAU